UCCCUUGAUUUACUCGGCUAUUUGUUGAGUCGUUGUUCGAGAAACUUCCCAGACCCAGGAAUUCACACUCCCCCAACUGCUCCUCUGAAUGUUAAUAGUAGGCUACUGCAGCACUCUGCCAUAGCAACCACUGUGGAGCAGCAUUCGAGCCAUUGUCCUCGGAGACGCCAGAAACAAGGUGUGUUUGUCAUUAUUCUUUCCCCUGUCACAGCCAUACCGGUGUGCUAGCCGUACCACUUGCCCCGGCUAUUUAUACACACCGGCUCCGCGUUGACAGCUCCAGAACAUGGCUUCACGUGACUGCAGGCUGAUCAGAUUCAAAGGAAUCCUGUGAGUCAUAGACAUGAGCUCAGCUUAGUAGCCGUGGCGACGUAUCGGCAAUGGCUUUAAUCGUGGGGAUGAAUUAAUGUGUGUUGGGUCGUCCUUCUGAGAACACGAGGCUAGCUGUUAUGGAAGGGGGACUGGGGCCUCCCUCUUCCUCCCCUCCCACUGAGCGAGAGACAGAGGGGGAGAACGCGUGAAGGGCGCAGGAGGACAGGACACACAUGGGGCUUGUGUAAUGUGUCACUGGAGCAGGGGACUCUCUCUGGGCCUCGGACGGACCUCCUCUCAUCCUCUCUAUUGCAUCAUUCUACUGGACUGCUUGAGGACCGUCUUCUACAGGCAUGCUGGCGCUCAAGUAUUUCAUAAUGCUGAAUCUUUCUUUGUAGGAUGAUGCACUUUUGCUGAAUGUUAACGUUUAUUGGGCUUUUUCUUUCCUUUGGCUGAUUGUCAUUCCAUUUUUCUACUGUUGUGCCUCUGGUGACUCUUCUCAUCACUCUCUGCCUGUGACCUGUCUUCUGUUUCUUCUAUGAACUCUUUUCUGUGAAAGAUCUGUGAACAUUGUGCCGUGUCUGACCAUGGACAUGCUCUGGAAUUUAGCGCGUCAUGUUCUGAGACUGACCCUGUUGUUGGAGUGAGCAGCUGAUAGCCAAGCCUGUCAGUCAGCUCUCAGCAGCUGCCUCUUAGUGCAAACCUGAAGGGGCAAGCCGGCCACGGGUCAGGACAAAGUAGCAGCAGAGCAGGAGUGUUAGCUUAGCUUUGGAGGGGUGGUACCUCUCCUGGACACUACUGCCCCUACACACUUUUUUUUCUUGUGUGGUGUGACUGCUGUGCUGUUUAUUUGUCACCAUGGGGAACGUACUGAGUUGCUGCCACAAUCUCUCAGGCCAACAGCUCCAACCCAAGGAAAUGAGGGGUCCUGAUCCAGAGUGGUCACCGCUGUUGUCAGAGGAGAACAGUGACGAGGACUGCCCGUCCCCCUCUCAGGCCACAGGGGAGGCCGAGAAGUCCCCAGUCCUGGACCAGGGUCACGCUUUCUUCCCCGACAUCGUCCUCAGCAGUAGCCCUGGGGCGGCCCUGGCGAUUGCUGGGCACUCCCUACGCCCCGACCAGGGCGUGUGGAAUCCCAGCUUUGUCCCGGACAGCAGUGAAAGUGUCCAGGCUGUGAUCAUGCAGCCGUACAGAGAGGAAGAUUCGCUGCAGGUGGACCUGCACACUCUCUAUGGGCCUGGAAAACCUGAGCACAACACAGAACUUUUCAAACAGACUGUGGAUCCAACAGAAAUGGACAUUGAUCCUAAUAAGCACAACCUAGUGCUGAUGGGCCAUAUGGACCAGAGUGUCGACGGGGCAGAAUCAGAUGUAUUACAGGACGAAGCCGCGGAUGGUGGAUGGACAGAAGGGGGCAUAUUGCGGCUGGGUCAGCAGGCGGCUGCAAGGACAACACACAGAGCUCAGCAUAUGGAACACAAUGCUAAUCAAAAGCAACAAGGUGUGGGGCAGACAAGACAGGGUGUGACGGAACAGAUGGAACUGAGAACCGGACAGACAGAAUGGCCUCUGGAACAUGGAGCGUUUCCAGAUACGGUUGAUCUGGUUAAAGAGAGAACGCUGCCGUCUGAGCACAAGUCUCAAGCUGAGCAAGGUGUAACGGCAGAUCAGAAUGUGGCCUUACAAGAGCUGGGCCUGGUGUACAAUAAGGACCACAAUGGAACUCAAAUGCAUGGCACAGACAAUAAUCUAGUCCAGUUGGAACUGAAUGGAGUGCAAACUAAAAGGGAAUUGAAGAUGACUGGGCAGAUUGUGAAAGAUGCUGCACAGGUCAGACAGAGUGGGGAUCAGACAACUCACAGCCUAGUCCACCCCCAAGGAGCAGCUGCACAGUUAUUUCAGAAUCAGGACCAGGCCCUGCCAACAGAUCAAGAGUUAAUGCCAGUCUAUCUGAAUGUGUCAGAUGAAGCACUACAGGGGGAGGCGCAGAAAGAGCAGCUGACCCUGUUUAUGGUGGACAGACUGUUUCUGGCUACCCCGCCAAUCACAGGGCCCUGUGCCAAUGCCAUGCGAAGCGGCCCCCUGAUUCAUGACCAGGAAGAGGGGGCCCUGGCCACAUGGAAAGGGGACAGUGAUGUGGGGCAGGCUGGCGAUGCCAACAUGGAGGAAGUGAGCCUUAAUGAGGACACGUCAUUCACAGUUAAAAUCCAGGCCCCGGGCAUCGAGCCAAUUAACUUCCAGGUGUCCUCCAUGGCGAUGGUGCAGGAGCUGAAACAGCUGCUGAUGGACUAUGAGGAGACGUGCCAUCGCACCUGCUUCUCCCUUCAGCUGGACGGAAGCACGCUGGACAACUUCACCCACAUGAAGUCCAUCAGUGGCCUGCAGGACGGAUGUGUGCUCAAGACCAUAGAUGAACCCUACACCGUCCGUGAGGUGCGCAUCCACUUGCGCCACAUUCGGAACCUUCUGAGGAGCUUGGACCCCACUGAUGCCUACAAUGGAGUGGACUGCAGGUCGCUGUCCUUUCUCAGACUCUUCACUGACACAGACAUGAGAGACAAGCCCAGGAAGAGAGGUGACGAGCUGAAGCAGGAGAGCUGUGGUCCUCCAGAUUACAUUCUGCCAGGGAGCAAAGAGUGCCCUCUAAGCCCUCUUCAGCCAGCGGAAGAGGAUGCUAAGACACUAAUGACCUUCGUCCACUGGCUUCAGCCUCUGGAAUUUCUUAGGGCCCUGACCAUGAGUAACUGGAACCCCCCUCCAGGAAAUCGGAAAAUGCAUGGAGACCUCAUGUAUCUGUAUGUUGUGACACUGGAGGAACGACACUUUAGCAUCACUGCCUCGGUUCGUGGUUUCUACCUCAACCAGUCAACCAGUUUCAGCUUCAACCCAAAGCCAGCGAACCCCAGUGUCCUUAGCCAUGAUUUAGUGGAUCUUCUGAAUCACAUCAGUCCCUCGUUUAAGAAGAAUUUCAGUGCCUUGUUGAAAAAAAGGGUCCACAGGCACCCUUUUGAAAGGUUGGAAACCCCUUUCCAGUUGUACAGCUGGACAGCUCCAAAGGUUGACCACUAUUUAGACUCUGUGCGAGCCGAGGAUGCCCAGACCUCCCGCAUGGGCUAUGAGGAACACAUACCUGGACAGACACGGGACUGGAAUGAGGAGCUGCAGUCCACCAGGGAACUCCCCCGGAAGAACCUCGCUGAACGUCUGCUGAGGGAAAGGGCUAUUUUCAAGACAAACUCUGACUUCGUUACUACGGCAACACGUGGUGCCAUGGCCGUGAUCGAUGGCAACGUGAUGCCCCUCAAUCCUGGCGACGAGCCGCAUAUGCACAUGUUCAUCUGGAACAACAUCUUUUUCAGCCUGGGCUUCGACGUGAAAGACCACUACCUGGAGCAAGGUGGGGACCCCGCUGCUCAUUCUGCACCCACAAAUGACCUCAAAGGUGUCCGGGCCUACGCUUCCAUAGAUGCGGAGGGGCUCCAUACCCUGGGCACUGUUGUGGUGGAUUACCGAGGCUACCGGGUCACAGCCCAGUCCAUUGUUCCGGGCCUGCUAGACAAAGACCAGGAGCAGAGUGUCAUCUAUGGCUCCAUCGACUUUGGCAAGACCAUUGUUAGCGAUGCCAGGUUUGUGGAGCUGCUAGAGAAGACCAGCAGGCACCUUAGGAUCCAACGCCACCUCGUUUUAAACAAGAAGGGCGAACGCGUGGAACUGUGCUCCUCUGUGGAAUGCAAGGGCAUUGUGGGAAAUGACAGACGCUUCUACGUCUUGGACCUGAUCCGUACUUUUCCGUUAGACCUCAAUUUUCUCCCCUCAGAAGAGGAACAUCCGCCAGAGAGCCAGAGACCCGGGUUCCCGCGUCAGCACAGGCAUCGCUUGGUGUGUCUGAGGCAGGAACUGGUCGAGUUGUUCAUUGAGCACAGGUAUUAUCGUUUCUUGGAAAUGGUCAACAGACGAAAUGGACCAUCUACAGCAACAGGCAGUGAAGAUACGGAUAUGCAGCUAAUAACUCUAGAUGACAGCGCCUCUGUUGCAGCUGAGAAACAGAUGUUCCCUCUCAGUGAUUCUGACCCAGAUUGGUCUAUUGCAGGUUGUGCUGACAGUGUGCUUGCUGAAGCCUGUAAAAUGGUGGGAUCCACAAGCACAACAUCCUUUGACAUCCGUUUCAACCCCAAUGCCUUCUGUCCGGUUGUGCGCUUCCCUGAGGAACAGGCUGCGAAUCUACAGACACAGAGGCUCUUAAUCAAGGAGGCCGCUGCCUUCCUCAUCAACACACAGAUCCCAGCCCUGGUCAAGAGCUGCAUGGAUCACACCACCUUGCCGAUGGAUGGUGCCACCCUUACUGAGGCUUUGCAUCGUCACGGUGUAAAUGUUCGCUACCUGGGCACAGUAGUGGAGGCCAUAGAAAGCAUGCCUGAAAGGGAAAAGCUUGACUAUGUCCAUAGGAUUUCAGCUGCUGAGCUGAUCACAAGAUGCACAAAGCAUCUAUUCCGGACAUACUUCCAGGCAGUGGAGCCUUCCUCACUCUCCGCCUCUGUUGCCCAUUUCCUCAACUGCUUCUUGAGCUCGUAUACAGACACCACUGGACCCCAAACCACUGAGAGGCGCCGGAGCAGACGCAGGAAGAGCCGCGUGUCAGGAGCAGCGUCCGCAGUGGCGACCAGUGGGUCGUGGGUGGGCCUCACCUCCAAGGAGCUGUGGAGGACCAUCUCAGCAGAGGCACAGGAGUACUACCACUACGCCCUCCAGUGUGAGAGUGUGGAGCAGGCGGUGGAGAAGUACAGUGUCCAGAGAAUCACGCUACUAAGAGAGAUCGCCAUUAAAACAGGCAUCCAGGUCCUACUGAAGGAAUACCACUUUGAAAACAAACGCAGUCCAACAUUCACAGAGGAGGACAUUCUGAACAUAUUCCCUGUAGUGAAACACAUACGGCCCAAUGCUUCUGAUGCAAUUCUCUUCUUCCAAAGUGGUCAGACAAAAGUACAAGAAGGACUGUUGAAAGAAGGAUCUGAGAUGAUUGCACAGGCCCUUGGCCUCUUCACUAAUGUGUACGGAGUUAUGCAUGAACAGAUCUGUGCCUGUCUACGACUCCUGGGACGAAUCCACUACAUCCUGGGAGACUAUGCUGAGGCUUUAAACCACCAACAGAAAGCUGUCUUGAUGAGUGAAAGAGUAUUGGGAAUUGAAAAUCCUCACACAGUUCAAGAAUAUAUGCACCUGGGCCUGUACUGUUUUGCUGGAGCGCAGCCUGUGACGUCCCUGCGGUUGCUGUACCGGGCACGCUACCUCAUCCUGAUGGUGUGUGGGGAGGACCACCCGGAGAUGGCCCUGCUGGACAGUAAGAUUGGUCUGGUGCUGCAUGCAUUGACUGAGUAUAGUCUCUCCCUGAGGUUUCUGGAGAAUGCUCUGUCCAUCAACAUCAAGUAUCAUGGACUCUCAUCACUGAAAGUGGCACACAGCCAUUACUUAGUGGCCAAAGCAUAUGAGAGCAAGGGGGAGUUCCGCUCUGCUCUCCACCAUGAGAAAGAGUGCUAUGCAGUUUACAAGAAACAGCUUGGAGAGCAUCAUGAUAAGACAAAGGAGAGCUCAGAGUACCUGAAACACCUGACUCAGCAAGCCGUGACCCUGCAACGCACCAUGAACAUGAUCUACCAAACCAGCCAUGAUACUAGCAUCGCUCCACUACAUUUGGACCCUCCAAGCAGGAUUUGGAUCCUAGAACAGCUUAAUCUGAUCAGCGGAGUUGUUCUCAUCCCCCUUAGUAACAAAGAUCUGGAGAACCUAAGGGACCAGGCACUGAAAACUCAGUCACUGGCAGCCAGGGCUUGAAAUCAGACAGCAAGAACCUCCAUAAUUACAGUGCCCCCUGCAGCUUGGAAGGGUUUGAGAUUCAGUGCACAUUUGGGAGAGUGUAUUGCUUUUUAUUCAUUUUUUUUUUUUUAGGUCUACAAGUUUCAGUUUCUGUCAACUUUAUUGAAGGGUUUAGUAAACAUUGAGAAUGCAGUGCAUAAACAAAACAUUACAUGAGGAGGUGUUAUAUUAUAGAUUGGGUGACAUUACUGUAAAACAUGGCUGAAAAGGUGAAGAAGUUUUCCAAGAAUUUGCCAUUACUAUACUGUUUACUGUACUAGCUGUUUAACUUUUUGAUCAUCAUGGGCUGUUCUUGGGAUUGCAGGCUAUGAUUAAGGGACAAUUUAUGCCCAGAAGAACAUUGUGGUGAUGAGUCGCUCAAUUACUGACAGUGCGCUGCUAAUAAAGAAAGAGCCCUGAAUAUUAAAAUGGUGAAUUGGUG